CACAGAACACACAGAGCAGCAAUCCGAGGCCUAUUGUUGUCAAGAAGUACCACKGGAAUCGGACAUUGCAUCGUCCCGGACAACAACACCAAACCACAACAAACCACAGCAGAGCAGCAGCAGCAGCCACAAAACAAAACAAAAACGCGUCGAACGAAACAAAGGAUGGCCGCGAUGCAAAGAAUGUGCCAACAGCGAAAGCAGCAGCAGCAGCAGCAGCAGCAGCAACCCGUUCGAACCACCAAGGGGACGCCGUUUCUCGGAAGAAGCGUCCUCGGAUCGACAUUCUUCAUGGCCGUGGUGUUUGUCGUUUCCCGGACGGUCCCAACGGCCCUCGGGUUUUCUUCCCGGGCCCCCCAACUCUGCCCGCGGUGCGCCGCCACCGCCCUGCACGCAACAGCAGGGGCGCGGUACCCCCCCAUGUCCCGGGACGAGGUCCAGGCCGCCCUGGACGCCGUUCCGGUCUUUGCCGUCACGGAGCCCAACCAGGAGGGCCUCGUCCUGCUGAAAGAAAAGGGGAAUCCCCGGGACAUUGCCUACUUUUUCUUUUCGCCGCAGGCCGCCAACACCGUCUUUUCGCCCCUCCGAAAAAAGGAAAACGAGAGCAGCGGAGCGGGCGAGUGGAGCGUGUCGGCGUAUCCCCUGGGCCUGGUGUGGUUCGAGCUCAUCAACGAACCGGAGGAGGGCGUCGAGUACCGGUUGCUCCCGGAGCCGGAGGACCUGAUCGGGGCGCAGAACCUGCUGCAGCAGCAGCAAAAGCAGUCGAACAAGGUCGAUCCCAGGCUGAAGGACCUCUUCCAGAGUCCCUUCAACGAGGUCCCCGUCUUCGUGGACCAGCUUCUCCGGGUGACGUCGCAGGAAGGGGACGACCAGAGGGAACGGGUUCCGCUGUACCUCGGCCUGAGGGACCUGAUGGACGCGGUGAACCAGGCCACGAAGGCCACAUCGGGGGAAUACCAGGCCGCGAUAACCGGCGUCAACCUGAGGGACCUAAUCGACGAGAUGAUGAGCGAGACCGGGAACGACUACCGGAGGGCAAUAUUUGUUCCGCCCUCGGCCAAGCCGGAGGCCGGAGAACCCGAGGGCAAGGAAGCGGCUCCCCCUGCUGCGGCGUCGUCGUCGUCCCCGGAGAGCGGCAUGGAUGACGACCUGGACGAUUUCCAAAAGAUCGUUGAGGGAGGGCGACCGUCCUUCAAGGCAACGAACGACGGACCCAUCAACACCCCUACCGCAUCCGACGACUUGUGGGCAUAGGUAGACAAGGCUCGGAUAAUGGUAAUGGUUUUUAU